AUGCAGCCCACGCUUGAACGGCGCGGCUAUCGCAUCUGUGGCUACCACCAGAGCCACGAACGGGAUCAUGGUAAAUGGUUCACUCUACAAAUCCGCCUCAACGGCAAAUCCUUUUCUGUCCGCGUAUCGCUAUCCAAAUUCUACAACUCACCAAGAAAAACGGCAGAGUUCAACGCAUAUUUUCAUGUUCUGGAGGGCGGCACGGAAAUUUUGGAAGAUGCGGACGAAGAAGGGUUUGCCAUGGGAUCUGCUGAUGCAACAGACAAGCCAGAAAAUUGCGUCGAGGACUGCUUCAACUGGGCAGUCAGUCCAUUUCUUCCGGUUUUCAGAAGACUUGCACCGCAACCUUUAGACAAAUCGAAAAUAACACUUCAGGAUCUAGUCGCUUCAGAGUCAUUUGAGUGCGAACUCGGCGCUAUAAACGACGUCCUCGCACCAUGGGGAAUUGCAUCGGCGGACGCCAUGGGCUCUCGCAGCGUCCCACCUUUCAAAGAUGCAUCUACUCCAUGGACUACGGUGUUUCCGUCAUUCUCGCCAUCUCAGGUUGAGAUAAUCAGUGACGAUCUCGAGUACAUUCUAGAUGAAGAACCGACACAAGUCCGCGCAGAUGGUAUAGACCUCUUUUACAAAUCUCUAGAUCUGGCCGGCGAAGUGAUGGGGAGAAGCGAGAUCGAAAAAUACGAACAAAUUGAACGGGCCAAUUUUGAGGCCAAGGUGCGAACGUCUCGCCUUUUUGGCAUUGUGCAGGACAACAACACGCAGUUAGUAGGUCUGCUCCUCCACCCUAUAGAGGAAGAGAAUAUACUAGCAGAUGUCCUGGACUCAGCGACGCCAGCCAUGAAGAGGGAACUUUGGGCAAAACAGAUCCAAGAUACUUUGGCAGCGUUACAUGGAGCCGGGAUUGUUUGGGGGGAUGUGAAGCCUGGAAAUAUUAUUAUAGAUGUACAUGGAGAUGCAUGGAUCAUCGACUUCGGUGGUGGACAUACACAAGGAUGGGUUGACGAGGACAAAGCUGGGACCAAAGAAGGGGACUUGCAAGGCCUGAAAAGGGUGCUUGAGUUUAUAUCUAGUGGGGAUGACGAGCAUGAGUGA